AUGUCGUCUAAAAGAAAACGCGUAGUACUUACUAUCAAAGAAAAAAUUGACAUCAUUGCACAAUCGAAAAGUGGUGAAACAGGCCGAGCAUUAGCAGAAAAGUACGGUGUUGGAACAUCGACAAUUUCAGAUAUAAAAAAAAAUGCGGACUCUAUCCUUAGGUACGUGGAUAAUCUCGAUAAUAAAGAAGACACAUUGACACGUAAAAUGAUGAAAAAAUAUAAGACUGAAGUUUUAGAAGAUGUCGAAUUUACUGGUUUCGUGCAGAACAAUGUUUUUGGAUUUAUCGUGGGACCUAGCUACUUUGAAGAAAAAGUUAACAAUGUAGCAGACUAA